AUGGGUAAGGUUGCGCCCUUUCUAACAUCAAUUGGUUUUAGAUCAACAGGUAGUGUUGAUGCUCAACAAGUGGUAUUAGAGCCAGUGGCGAGGGUUCGAUUCUCUCAAAGAGCAAUUUCUAAAGCGGAGGGGCGGGGGGGUAGUUGGGGGUCAGAAAUGGCAUCAACCAAGACCUCGCACGAUGGCCUGGAGUACAGUAAUCGAAUGUCUGGUCCUGGAGGAUUGAAUGUGCUAUAUGGAAAGUUUCUUGUUACAGAGACCGAAGAAGGAAUUGCACAAGCAAUAAUCAAGGGUGACAUAAACUUUGAAAGGGACCCUUGGCCAAGGGUCUCCGAAGAUGCCAUAAACAUCAUAAGGGGCAUGCUUGACCAAAAUCCAUAUGAUCGGCUCACUGUGGAAGAGGUCCUCGAAAACAAAUGGAUUCAAAAUGCCCACAAGGUUCCCAACAUUCCUUUGGGAGAACACGUACGAGCAAGAAUUCAACAAUUCUCUUUGAUGAACAAAUUCAAAAGGAAAGUAAUUAGGGUGGUAGCAGAAAACUUGCCAGAUGAACAAGUACAUGGAUUAAAACAAAUGUUUGAUGAUAUGGACAAGGACAAAAAUGGAUCACUCACCUUCGAAGAGCUUAAAGAUGGUUUGUGUACGAUUGGAGAACAACCGCUUGCAGAUCCUGAUGUUCAGAUGCUAAUGGAAGCUGCUGAUCUUGAUGAAAAUGGGGUCCUGAAUUGUGAGGAGUUUAUGAUAGUUGCAGUUCACUUGAAACGGAUCAGCAAUGAUGAUCAUCUACGCCAAGCUUUCCACCAUUUUGACAAGGACAACAAUGGGUACAUUGAGUAUGAUGAGUUACGAGAGUCUUUGUUUGAAGAACAUCAAAAUUCAUACAACGAAAAGCUUGUCCAUGAUAUCAUACAUGAUGCCGACCUUGAUAAGGAUGGUAGGAUCAGUUACCCGGAGUUUGCAGCGAUGAUGACGACAGGGAUGGACUGGAAGAUGGCAUCUCGACAGUAUUCAAGAGUGAUGUUAAAUGCAAUUAGCGUCAAAAUGUUCAAAGGUGAAACAAUCGAAGAGGAAGAGGAUAUUGAAAUAAGCUGAUCUAUGAUCGAUGUCUUUAAUUUGUUAUGUGAAGUAGUACAUUUUGGUUACGUAGAAAAUGAUUUAGAAUGAGUUAAUUAAUCAUGUAACUGUCAUCUCCUGAAUUACAGCUUACAAGUUUUUUCCAUAGUAACAUAGAUUCGGGAAAUCUUAUGAUGUGUAGUGUGUAUCGAGCCUAAGACUUCAAACAUGAAAGUUAAGAACAAGUUGGGGUGGUUAA